AUUCACCACUCUCCUCUCUCCGUCGGCCGCCAUGGGCCCCGACCUUCUCACCCUCCUCGAAUCUUCGCCUGACAAAGCCAUCGAUCACUACCUUCUCAAGACAGAACGCAGCCCACUCUCGCCAGACUCGCCGAUUCUCAAAGACCCCGCCGUCCGUCUGUUCACGGCCACUCUCAAUAACCUCGCCCUCAAGGACCGGCCUGACAACCCGCUUCAAUCGGUUCCCACAGCCUCUCACCGUCGCACCACGCACACCGCCGCCUACCCCCGCAUCCUCGGUGCACUUCUGGCCCGCAUUGACUGCCUCCGAGUGGGUGGAAACGAUAAGUCACACGUCGGUCGGCUACUCCAGCGCUUUCCUCGCAUUAGCAAGUCGUUCGGCGAUGCUGCCUCGCCUUUUGCCUCCAUGUACUCGAUUGACGGUCCAAAGCUUGUCGAAGCUUGUAAAAAUGAUGUGGACACGGCGCAGCCUGUCAUAGGAAUUGAGCAUCUCACAGACAUGGACCUGGCCUCAAACCCGCCCAAGAAUGACAAUCUCAAGCCCGUCGACAAUUUGGGUCCGAGUGACACUUCCGGCAAGACGCCACCUGCGGCUCAGCUCUCCAACGCCUCCAAUGUCCCCCCCGAUCAUCCCCAGCUACCCACUGUCGCACCCAAUGACACUGCUAUUAUUGACUCAAUCGUGGGCCCUCUGAAGCUCGCGAAGCGCCGGAUCUCCCUUUUGGGGAAUGCGACCAAUCCGGAGAAUAUCAAGAAGACACGUCUUGAAGCAACCCUUCCCAGAUCAGUGCAUGUCGACGUUAUGAAGUAUCAUUCCCCCUUCAAGAACGCUCGGGGGCUGCAGGAUUCGAGUUCAAAUCUGCCGGAGAAAGAGUGGCGCUGCGAUACUUGCGGCUUUAAAACAGCCGACUCGUCGCUUUCAUCGGAUCCUUCUGCCAAGAGCGCCUCCAUUGUCGAUGGACCGGUCAUCUGCUCUAACUGUGAGGAGCCACGCCGUGUGAGCGACGAUGCCUCUGCCCCGACCGAGGACCGGGCCUGUCCCGAGUGCCUAGACAUUCUGCCUGAGGGUAUCCCCGAACGCCACCGUCGCUACACCACUGAGCUUCUCAAGGCUCACCUGCGCGAAAUGCACGGUGACUACGCUCUCGCCAUUGCCUGGCGCGACCAGCAGAUGCAGAGAACACGGGAUGGUUCAACUGUAUGGACGUGUCCUUCGAGGCAUUGUCCUUGGAUCAAAUUCCAUUCCGCCAAAGAUUUUGAGGCUCAUAUCCUCGCCGAACACCGCUUCGCCAACGAUAGGGACAUUCCCAUCAAGUUCCUUUACGCGAUCGCGCGGAACGAGGCUGCCAGUGUUCACCAGACUCUGCUGGAGAAUAUUGAGAAGCGCAUGUACAUGGCCGAGGACAUCGCAAACGAAGAUCUUCUCCGGGAGGUUGGCGAGUUCGACAAGCUCGUUGCACAGCACUGGGUCAACAGCACCACCAACAAAGAUAACAAAGGCGAACAUGUGAACGAUGCUGUGAAUGCGGCGACACAGGCCGCCGGUGGAGAGGCGGAGUCGUGCACUCGACGUGCUUCCGCGAGCUUUGAACUCACUGCGGCGUGUACAUAUCAUGAGCGGGUAGCAUGAAGGAGUUAGAGUGUGAUGCA